CGACAAUGAUGAAUAAUUUGUCUCGUAUGGAUAGGCAUAUCUAUGAGAUUCGUAGACAGUUGCGUGAUGCGGAAGAGCAACUUCAACGAAAAGGACAGAAUCCGUCUCAACUUAAUCGCAUCCGAGCAAUAACACAACGUACUAAGGAACUGUUGAAGGUUGGCUACAAUGUCUGUUAUGAUUGUCUGAUUAACGAUCAAAAUUUGUUAUCAAAAUGCUCAAAUUUCGUGAACAAAUUACUCAGACUUUUUCUCCGCAGUGUUAUGCCUGAUUCAAGAGUCGAUUCUCGUUCAUUUACCCCGUGUAUCGAACGAUUUGCUUCGUUGCCUGAAGCUUUUCUCGAAACUGGCAUUGAAUUUUUACAUUUUCUUCUCGAACAUCCUCAGCGUUCAAAGGUUCUUCUUUUGAAUGUAUCAGACUAUCCUCGACUAAUUUUAAAUUUGAUUGUAAAUUUGCCACAUAUAAAGAAUCCAUUCUUAGCAUCAAAAAUUGUUGAUUUGUUUUUCUUUACUUGUCCAGAUGUAUCUUCAGAUGCCGGCUUCUUCUUCAGGCAGAUUAUGAACGAUAAAAUCGCUGUAGAUAACUUGUUUCCUGCCCUUGUCAAAUUUUAUGCUGACGUUGAGUCAACCGGUUCAAAUACUGAGUUUUACGACAAAUUUAAUAUUCGACGAAAUAUUCAAGUUAUCUUCCGGUCUAUGUGGAUGGAUCUUGCUCAUCGCAAAAGGAUGGUUCAGUUCGCAGAAGAAUCUUCGCCUGAUUUUUAUCGCUUCUUGAAUAUGGUAAUUAAUGACACUACAUUUUUGCUUGACGAAUCACUCGAAAAAUUAAAGCGAAUAAAUGAGAUUGAAACCCAAAUGUCGAACGAAGUGGCAUGGAAUUCGUUAAGAGAGGAGGAACGCCAACAUAGAUCCGAACUUUUGGGCGAUGCAAAACGUCAAGUUCGGAUUUGGCUUCGAUUUGGUACUGAGACAAUGGAAUUGUUUGUAACGUUAACUGGUGAUGCUCCACAGAUUUUUCUUCAAGAGGCUCUUGGUGAUCGAGUUGCUGCUAUGCUGAAUAAUAAUAUUGUACAGCGUUCUUAUACUCCUGCUACUUUCGAUUCAAUCCUUAAACGUUUCGAGGAAAAAUCAAUUUUGCCUGUCAGUCAGUUUGAAUCAUUCAAAAAUUUGGUUGAGCAAGCGAAGGAAGCCCACAAUGAGAAAGUUAAGUUCGAAGAGAAAUUUGAAGAUGAGAUUCCAGAUGAAUUCAGAGAUGAAAUUCUUUUCACAUUGAUGAGCGAUCCAGUUACACUUCCUUCUGGUCAAGUAGUUGAUCGAAAGAAUAUUUUACGCCAUCUACUAAGUGAUCCACACAAUCCAUUUACUAGACAGCCAUUAACUGAGGACGAGCUGAAGCCAAAUGUUGAACUUAAAGCGCGCAUUACCAGUUGGGUAAAUGAAAAGAAAAGUGAAAUUAACAAGAAAAGCGCAUCCAAGUCUUGA